AUGAGAAACGGUCCAACCUGCCUCAAGCCACUACCAGCCGGCAGGAAGAGGAUCAAGAAGCUGAAGAAGAAUGAACUGACGCCCUGGCCUUUUGACGAGUCGUUUGCUAGCCCACUCAAGGCUACCACCACAACCACAACCGUCAAGAACGGUAAAAUGGGUAAGGACAAGGUCCAAAAGACACCCACCACUGGCCCAUCCAAGCCCAGUGCUGCCACCAAGACCGGCACCAUGGCUGCCAGCAAGGUCCAGAAGAAGCCCACCACUGGCCCAACCCUCCCGAAGGAGCUCAUCGAAAAGCAUACCCUGAGCGUCACGCCCCAGUCCGGAGCGGACAUGGAGGAGCUGGAGGAGGCCAUUCGCAAAAUCGAGAGCCCCUGCGGCAACAUGGUCUGGAGCGAGUCCUGGGUCAAGGAGCGCACGCGGGGCAGCGGCCCGACGACGCUGGACAUCAACAUCAUCUACAACGACUGCAGCGGCCGCAAGACGAUGCCGUACUCGUGCCGCAAGAACCGCACCGUGUACGGCGCCACGAAGCGGGAUCUGCCGUCGCACAGCGACGCAUUGAAGAUGGAGGACGUCAUCCACCGCGUGCGGGACAUGGACGACCUCGUCGCGGCGUGA